ACAUUAUGACCCUUAUAUAGCAGUCGCAACGGCCCAACGAUCCUCAUCAUCGAGCACGUCCCGAGGUCGAAUCGCAAUGGACUCCACCACUGUAUUUGCCCUCUUCAUCCUCGCUGCAAUCCUCACGUCCACCGCCGCUGUGAAACCCCAAGGCGGCGACUUCAUUACAUCCUCUUGCAAGAUCACUCGCUAUCCUGACGUCUGCGUGUCGUCUCUGAGAUCUUACGCAGCCUCUCUGGAGGCCAAGCAUAGCCAGAGCGAGCUCGUGAAGGCCGCCGUCAUUGUUAGCCUCGCCAAUGCCCGAAAUACCUCGGCCUGGGCCGUUACUCUGUCCAAAAGUAGCAAGAGCCUCAGCAAAAUAGAGCGCUCGGCGCUCAAGGACUGCGUGGAGAAUUUCGGUGAUACUAAAGAUCAGAUCAGCCAGUCACUGGCCGAGCUGAAGCAUCUGAAGCGCGGAACUUUCAAGUUUCAGAUGAGCAAUAUGCAGACUUGGAUGAGCGCCGCGCUGACGAAUGAGGACAGCUGCCUUAAUGGCUUCCAGGCUGCUCGUAAUGGAAGGGUUAAAAUGCUUGUCCAGGGGCGGGUGCAGAACGCUUCUAAGUUGAUCAGCAAUGCGCUUGCCUUGGUCAAUAAUCUUGCUUCCACUGCAGGAUAUCGAAAGCUUCUGUAAUGUUAUAUAUUUUAGGCCUAUGUUUCUCUACGUAUGUGUUUGGGAAGUCUCUGUUUAGGGAUUAUGGGAGGCGGUAUAUUGUAAAAUUAUGUAAUGGUUUGGUUUUUCAGUAUAAGUGAGGAAAUGGCAGGAAUUGAGAUUUGCAAAUGUAUAUUGUUGUGUUUUUUGAAAUA